ACAGAGGAGAGGUGCUUGUAAUACUACUUAUAAUAUAGACAAUGUUCAAGCUUAUAAGAAAGAGGGUUGUACCAGCUGGUAGGAUUAACUAUAGAAGGGGGUAUGGAGAAGUUAGUAAUAUAAAAGUAGUGGAUGGUACUGAUGGUGUUAGUACUAGUACUUCUGCUCCUACUACCUCUACUACUGAUUCUACUCCUACUACUAUUAAUACUGAUACUACCUCCGAUUUAGAAACCCCAUGGUACCUCCGUAAUGAUACUGCAUCCCCAUUAAACCAAACCUUUGAUGAACCACUCCCUGAAAUACCGGAAAAUUCACCUCAAUCAAUAACUCCAUUUCUUGAAUUACUUUCUAAAAAAUUUGGAUUGAUUGAUUUAAAAUUAUUCGAUUUAACUAAUCAACCAGAACAUCAAGAUUCGGUGGCUGACUAUAUGAUUGUGUGCACCGGUAAGUCCGAGAAACAUAUCUAUAAAGCUGCAAACGAAUUGAGAAUGUAUAUCAAACAUAACCAUGGAAUUGUCCCCAAAUUGGAAGGCUUUGUAACCAACGCUGCCAAGAAUGCAAACUACCGUAGAAUGUUAAGAAGAGCAAGAAAGGGUCCCAUGGCCACCGACAACGAAUAUGGUACUCCAGCCAACAGUUGGAUCAUGUGUGAUACCGAUGUGGAUGGGAUCUGUAUUCACAUUCUAACUGCUGAUCGUAGACUAGAACUAAACCUUGAGAGUCUUUGGGAUGGUCUGGUAGACCCUGAGAAUAGAGAGUUCACUUCCAUUAGAUCUGCUCCUAAGAAUAACUUGACAAAUGAUGAUCUUUUCAUUGGUAUUAGAAGAGAAUAUCACACCAGAGCGAAGGUAAUGCCAUCCUUAUUCCUUCUGAAAAGAUCCUAUCUGACUCAAACCAUCCUGACGGUUCAAUCAUUCCUUUCAGAACCAAUGCCAAUAACCUCAACAACCAUACAAUCCUACAUCAAGGCUGCGAACAAGUCCCCCUUGACCCUGAUAAAUGAUUAUGACCAAAACUAUGAACUUGUUAGAGCAAUUCAUUUAGUAUCACCGGAAUCAAUUUCUUUCCAACAAGUCACUGAAGCUCUUCUUGCCAAAUACACUAAUCUUGAUAUCAUGUUGGAUAAAUCAAUUCCCAUCAAGGAACUUAAAUUGAAUGAUGUUAUGGAAUUCAUGAAGUUACUUAUUGAUUCUCCUGAACUUCAAUCGAACCCAGAAAAUCUCAUGAGUCGUUCAGAUGAUCUUUAUCAUAGACUUUCUCAAUUUGUAGCUUCUCUUUACCGCUUUUCCAACGAUAUAAUCGAUAUCAAUGCAUCACCAGAGUUUAUCCCCUUACUCUUGAGAUUAUCCGUGGGGAAUGCCAAUGACUCCACACUUGUUGGGCCAGGAACACUCGAUGCUAUUAUGAGUGGGAAACAAGAAUUGAGUCAACAACCACCAUCUAGCGAGCGCAGUGUGCUUGCAAGUAAUAGAAUGCGUGGUAUUCUUGAUCUUAUUGAAUAUUAUAAUCAACAACAACAAUCGAGUUCUCCAUCAGUUUCUGAACUUGUUCUUUUCCUCUAUGGGAAUGCUGGCAAAUGGGAAAAAUUCUGGGACCAAUGGGAUGUUUCAUUCAAUGUGUUGGUGGGACAUCCACAUCCUGCUGAUGCAGUGCGUAAAUGGAGUCGUUUGAUUGUAUACCUUUCGAUCUCAGGCGAUGUCCCUGCACAACUUUAUUUCUUCAACACCUAUUGGAACAGGGCUUCCAGUGCUGCUGGAUCUUUUGAAGAGGCUUUCCGCUUGAACAACAAGAGUUUCAACUCGGAAGAAGAACAGAAAUGUGUGAAGAAUGCAUUGCAAUUGAUUUUACGUAAUCUUGGCCAUCAAAAGAGUGAAAGAUUAAACCAUCAAAUCGAACAGUUUAUUAGAGAACUUUAGAAUUUUAUAGAUAUGAAAAUGGUGUUCUUGUACAUAGAAU